AUGGACCGUCUUCAACGUACCUUCUCGGAUAUCUCACACCAACUAUCCACAGAUACCAUUCUAACAAAAGAACCAUCUCCAGCCGCAACCGCAACAACUUUGUUGUCCUUAGCAGCGAUAACCGAAGUGGAAGAUGCAAAGUGCGAGUGUUGCGGCAUGUCUGAAGAGUGCACGCCGGAGUAUAUAAACCGUGUGCGUUCCAAAUACUCAGGGAAGUUGAUUUGCGGGCUGUGCUCAGAUGCCGUGGAGGAAGAGAUUGAGAAGAUGAGCAACAGUGAAGUCGUGGUGGAGAAGCGGAGAGAGGAGGCAGUGAAGAUACACAUGGGUGCAUGUGCCCGGUUCAACAAGCUAGGCCGGAGUUAUCCGGUGCUGUACCAAGCCGAAGCGGUUAAGGAGAUGCUGAAGAAGAGGUCUAAGAAGAUUAUUAGAGAUACCAAGUCUUCCGAAAAAGGUGGCCUCGCUAGGAGCUCUAGCUGCAUGCCGGCUUUGGCUAAGGAGCUAAAAGAUCAGCUUGAUAGACCAAACAUAAAGCAAAUGAGCGAGAAACGGGUGAUGGAGAUAGCUGAAGGAUCCAAUGUAGGAGUAAGAGAAGUUAUGGGAAUGCUGAAAACGUACAAGAGGAAGAGGCAAAGGCGUGGAUGGAGAUUGAGAAUAAGUCUUCGAAGACGACAACAAACGUAUGGAAAUGGAUUUUCCUUGUGA